AGGCACUGAAAUGCCUGGAAUAAAAUUCUGGAAUUACUUUAGAAUAUUUAGAAUGAAAAAAAAGUCUAAAAUUCAGAUUACUUUAGAAUAUUCAGAAUUAAAAAAAGUCUAAAACUCAGUUAGAAUAGCUUCAAAUAGCUUACAAGUGCUUAUAAGAUUAUUCCAGGUAUUCCGAAUAACUCAAACGCCUAUGAGAGACUUAUAGAUAAUAAAAGAAUUAUUCCAGGCACUCAAAUGCCUGAAAUAAAAUUCUGGAAUUACUUUAGAACAUUUGGAAUUAAAAAAAAGUCUAAAACUAACUCAGAUUAUCUUUAGAGGACCAAAAGAGGCUUAAGACUACAUAAAAGAUUAUUCCAGGCAUUCCAAGUAAUUCAAACGCCUAUGCGAGACUAUUUUAUUACUUAGACUCUCAAAUGCCUGAAAUAAAAUUCUGGAAUUACUUUAGAAUAUUCAGAAAUAAAAAAGUCUAGAAUUUAGCUUUAAAUGGCUUACAAAGGCUUAUAAGAUUAUUCCAGGCACUCCAAGUAACUCAAAUGCCUAUGAGAUACUUAUAGGUAUUAAAAGAAUAAUUCCAGACACUCAAAUGCCUGGAAUAAAAUUCUGGAUUUACUUUAGAAUAUUAAGAAUAAAAAAAAAGUCUAAAACUUAAAAUAGCUUCAAAUGGUUUACAAGUGUCUAUAAGAUUAUUCCAGGCACUCCAAGGAACUCAAAUGUCUAUAAGAUACUUAUAAGUAAUAAAAUAACUAUUCUAGGUACUCAAAUGCCUGAAAUAAAAUUCUGGAAUUACUUUAUAAUAUUCAGAAUUAAAAAAAGUCUAAAACUCAGUUAGAAUAGCUUCAAAUAGCUUACAAGUGCUUAUAAGAUUAUUACAGGUAUUCCGAAUAACUCAAACGCCUAUGAGAGACUUAUAGGUAAUAAUAGAAUUAUUCCAGGCACUCAAAUACCUGGAAUAAAAUUCUGGAAUUACUUUAGAAUAUUUAGAAUUUAAAAAAAAAGUCUAAAACUCAGUUAGAUUAGCUUCAAAUAGCUUACAAGAUUAUUCCAGAUACUCCAAGUAACUUAAACGCCUAUGAGAUACUUAUAGAUAAUAAAAGAAUUAUUCCAGGCACUCAAAUGCCUGGAAUAAAAUUCUGGAAUUACUUUAGAAUAUUUGGAAUUAAAAAAAAAUCUAAAACUAACUCAGAUUAUCUCUAGAGGACUAAAAGAGGCCUAAGACUACAUAAAAGAUUAUUCCAGGCAUUCCAAGUAAUUCAAACGCCUAUGCGAGACUAUUUUAUUACUUAGACUCUCAAAUGCCUGGAAUAAAAUUCUGGAAUUACUUUAGAAUAUUCAUAAACAAAAAAGUCUAGAAUUUAGCUUUAAAUGGGUUACAAAGGCUUAUAAGAUUAUUCCAGGCACUCCAAGUAACUCAAAUGCCUAUGAGAUAUUUAUAGGUAACAAAAGAAUUAUUUCCGGCACACUCAAAUGCCUGGAAUAAAAUUCUAGAAUUACUUUAGAAUAUUCAGAAUUAAAAAAAAGUCUAAAAUUUAGAUUAGCUUCAAAUGGCUUACAAGGGCUUAUAAGAUCAUUCCAGGCACUCCAAGUAACUCAACUGCCUAUGAGAUAUUUAUAGGUAGUAAAAGAAUUAUUCCAGGCACACUCAAAUGCCUGGAAUAAAAUUCUGGAAUUAUUUAAGAAUAUUUAGAAUUUAAAAAAAGUCUAAAACUCAUUCAGAUUACCUCCAGAUGACCAAAAGAGGCUUAAGAGUACAUAAAAGAUUAUUCCGAGAAACUUAAAUGCCUGAAAGAGACUUAUAAUAAUAAUAGUAAUAAUAAUAAAUGUCUUUUAUUCAACAUUUACGGAUGUGGUUAAGACAGCUACUCUACUAAACCCUACUCAACGGUCAUAAACUUAAGCUAUAAUAUAAAGAUUAACUCUAUUAAAUUCAUUAAAUACCCAAAUAAAGAACAAUAUAUUUGUAUAAUUUAAAUAAAUAUUAAAUAGCUAAAUAUAAAAUUUUAAAAAUUUGCCAGGCACUCAAAUGCCUGGAAUAAAAUUCUGGAAUUACUUUAGAAUAUUUAGAAUCGAACAAAAGUCUAAGCCUAAGUCAUAUUACCUUCAAAUGACCGUAAGAAGCUUAAAAGUACAUGAAAAGAUUAUUCCAGGCAGUUCAAGUAACUCAAACGUCUAUGAAAGACUUAUAAGUAAUAAAAGAAUUAUUUCAGGCACUCAAAUGCAUGGAACAAAAUUCUGGAAUUAUUUUAGAAUAUUUAGAAUUUAAAAUUUAGUCAGAUUACUUCUAAGUGACCGAAAGGGGUUUAAGAGUACAUAAAAGAUUAUGAAGUUUAAAAUUAGACUGUCCAACUCAACAUUUUAUACUUUCUAAAUAUUUAGAGACUUUUUAAAUAUCUUUUCUAUAUUUCUAGUUUUAGAAAUCAUUGUCUGAAUAGUACAAGUCUAACAAGUUUACAAAAUUUCAUUUAUUAUUUCGAAAUAAUAGAAAAAAUAUAAUUUUUUUAUUAAAUUUAUUCAUUUAAAAAAAUUGUAUUUCUUCCAGGCAGUUGAACCUGCUUGAGGGCUAAUUUUCUUAUUUUAGACUAUGAAUUUCACCAGCGGUAUAUAGCGUUUUUUUGAAAUAAAACGAUUUCUAAACAGGGUGCUUCAAGUAGAAACUCAGGCGUCAAAAACAUUCAUUUUUAUUUAACUCGAACACCAAGUAUAUUAUGACGUGUUACAAUUCUAUGAUAUAUUUUGAAUACUUUUUGUAGAGCAAACCAUUUGCCUAAAGUCAAUGGUAAGUCAAAUAUGACGUAACAAAUUAAAUUAAAACAUCAAAAUUUAUUUUAGAUUUAUUGCAACUAAUGUUUAAUUUGUUUUCCAUUUGACUCAAUGAAAAUUUUGUUUACAAGUUGUUUCAAGUAAAAAUUCUUUUUAAGCGAAUUUUCUUGAUGCAACAGAUGAAUUGGACCAAGAGGACUGAUUGAGUGGCCACCAAAAUCACCGGAUAUAACCCCAUUAGAUUUGUUCUUAUGGGACUGUUUUUUCACCCUAUAUUUUUAAGCAAUUUAAUCCAUCUGGGGAUUUCUACAUCGCAGGUCAUGUAUACAUAAUUCCUAAUUAAAAAAACAAUAUUAUCAGCAUAUGACUUGGACCACAUGUUUGCAACGAUAACCUUCGAUAAAAUGUGGAUUUUUUUUUUAUAUAUUUAACACAAGAAAUGUUGCUUUAUGAUUAUUCUUAGAAAGCUCCUAGGGUCAGUUUAAGGUUUCUACAUAAAUUUACUCAAGACCUAAAGCAAAUCAUGGGCGUAAUACUAAGCUUCUUCUGGCAUGACACCGGUAGAACCGACGAUCCAGACCGCACCACUGGCCUUACAUCCAGAGACAGACACUUAUUAAAAACUACCUGGAAAACACUGUCAAAUGGAGAAGAAAACCUGAAGACUGGAAUGGCAAUCUUUAUGACGCUCUUCAAAGUCCAUCCGGAAUACCAACAAUUGUUCCCAUUCAGAAACGUCCCAUACAACCAACUGGAAUCGAACAACAGAUUUAAGGCCCACUGCAUCAGCUUGAUGUACGCAUUCACUUCCAUAAUGGAGAAUCUGGACAAUGUGGAACUUCUGGAGCAACUUUUGGGUAAACAGGGAGUGGCGCACGUAUCUAGGAAAGUACCGGAACGCGCCUAUUGGGAUCUGAAGGAGGUUUUGAUGCAACUGUUCCAGAAGUCCGGGAUGAGUUCCGAGGAGCUUGAGGCCUGGAAUAAGUUUUUGGACUAUGGACUUGGGAUUAUGGUAAAAUGUGCUGUAGAAGAGAAAAAAGGUGUUGAAUGAAAAUAAAUGUUUAUUUUAUAUAA